AUGGUUGAAUCCAGUGUCAGGGAAAUGGUGAUAGACAUAGAAAGAUUGAUAGAAAACCUGGAGCCGCCCAUGUCAGGCGAUUGUUGCAUCUACAGGGUUCCACAUAACCUCCGCAAAGUGAUGACCGAGGACGCCUACACUCCAUAUGCAGUUUCCAUCGGCCCUCUUCACCAUGGGAGAAAAGAACUGGAACCAAUGGAAAAGCAGAAGCUCAGAUAUCUGGGGGAAUUCAAAACCCAUAUCCGCUUAGACUUUGAUCAUGCUGUUUGGAUUAUAAAGGGCAUGGAACGCAGCGUCCGCAACUAUUACUCAGAAAAAAUUCUGAUCAACAGUGACGAAUUUGUAAAAAUGAUUCUCACUGAUGCUGCUUUCAUCAUCAUCCACUUAGUUAAGAGCCAUUCCAAAGCCAAUCAACACGAUGAAUUUCCAUAUAGAAAUUCCUGUUUGAUGUCUAGCAUUUGCCAGGACCUCAUGCUGCUUGAAAAUCAGCUUCCAUUAUUUGUCCUGGAGAAGCUGUCAUUUCAUCUGACAUCGGAUUUAACGCAAUGGUCACCGCUGAAAUCUAAACUUCUGUAUAGCGCAUCAGAACUGUGCGGGGCUGGAGUGACAAUCAAGGCUAGAUCCAGAGAUUUUUUGCUUGGUUGCGAGUUCCAUUCUAAUGAUGCAGCACUUGAAAUCGCACCAUUAGAAUUGAAUAACCUUACUACAUGCCUGCUUCAAAACUUAAUGGCCUUGGAGCUGUGUCAUUACCCAGGUAAGACAUACAUUUGUGACUACAUCUCACUGAUGGGUUAUUUGAUGGAGGCGAGCAAAGAUGUCGAACUACUGGUUCAAAAGGAGAUUCUUGACAAUGGCUUGGGCGACAGCAAUGAAGUUGCUACUUUUGUUAAGAAACUUGGAACACAUAUUACUGUGGAUCCUCGUUACAAGUGCUAUAAUAAUCUUUUUACCAGCUUAAACAGACACUGCUAG